UCAUCUGUAGAAUUAAAGGAUUUUAAAUUCUGUCUUUCAAGAACAGCAGCGUCCUCUGCUGGUGAAUCCUCCACAUGACACCCAGACAAACCAAACACAAAUAUGAAAAAACAUACAGGUUGUGGAAUAGUUUUAUGUUUAAUUCUGUGUAGACAUUAUUGUCUGCAUGCAUUACUGGAUGCAAAAUGCAACUUUUUUGCACAUUUUUAAAUACCUGCACACUUAUCGUUUCUCCUACCCUUCCUGCAGUCUAACCUCUAACAGCUGUAACAGACACAUUAAGCCUGCAUCAGUCAACACAUCUCAAUGGCUUUUUGUUUUUUUUCUUUUUUAUGCUCCAACACCUGUCCCUUGCCAUCAGACAGCCCAUAAUGUGAGAGUGCUGCCAUCUCUGCAGAGGAACAACAGCUCAGUGACAAAGGAUUUUUACUCAGGGGAACUCAAAUGUAAAAGCAGAGGAGGAAUGGAAGAAAGCUAUGAGACGUUUCAGGAGGAGUUAUGGCCUCCCAGAGCAGACGCUUCUCUUAAACCUGUUCAACGGAUCCGCAGAGCAGAAAUGUACACAUCAAGAAAGAUCAAAGAGGAAACACCUCUUGCUCCACUGCAACCAAAAUCAGAACCCAAAAGCUUACCCAGAGAGCCCAGCACCUCCAAACUUAGUCUGGCAUCUUUGCAGAAACCCAUGUCCACCCAGAACCUGAUGCAGACAGAAACACCGUGGGAGAACGUGACCCUUAAUCGCUGUCUGUUUGUGGCCAUCACCAUUCUGGUGCUCACCUCAGGCUUUCAGAAACUUCAUGAAGCCUUUCGUGGUCAGGGGACAACAGAACAGGGAGAAGCUGGACUGAUGAUACAAUCAAGACUGUUACACCACAGAGGGGCAUUGCCAGAGCCAGAGACAUCUCUGUGGGACUCUAUGUUUUGGUGGUUGCCUAGUCUUGAUGAUGAAGAUGAGGAUGAUGAAGACAUCAAAAGAAGAAAAUCAAAGCGAGGAGCAUCAAGAGGUCUCAGGAACAAGCCGCUGCCAGACAAAAAACUCUUAAAGCAAAGGGAUGGGAAAUUAAAGGACAGAAGAGCCAAGAAAGCCAGGGAUGACAAAAUCAAAGACAAGAAAGGUAAAGUGAAAAUAGGAGGUCAUGAGGAUGCAGCUGAUGAAGAGGAUGAAAGAGACGAAGAAGCAGUUGGCAAGACAGGAAGAUGAAAAACCAAAAAGAAAAGAUAAAGCUUAAAGGCUAAUGCAGAAUGUUUUUACUCUAUUUGCUUUAAAUUUGAUCAAAUCGUAACUCGUAUGAAGAGCUUAAUCAGAUGGAACAGCAGCAUGGUGUUCUAGCAGACAUCAGGUAGCUCCACUGAUGUGAAAUAACUAAAAAACCCUGUUGACUGAGUCCAGUCAGUUUAAAUGAUGUUUCAUCUUUUUAAAUGUUGCUGCAUCCUUAUUAUUCAAGAAGAACGUAAAGUUAAUUAGCUCAGAAGCUCUGGUGAUGUUUUUAAAGGGAAACUAGGUAAUUUUGUCUUGCUUUUAGCACCCUCUAGUGUCCGUUUGCAGAAUCAAAAGUAAAACUUAUCUCCUCGCUGUGCGUUCGUCAUUUUAACACCUUAAUUGAACAGCUGAAAUGUCUCCCAGCAUUCCUUAGUGUCUACAGGAGUGACUCAUCACUAAAUUAAACAAAUCAGCUGUGUUCAUGAUCUAAAACAUGCAGGAAACAUUUUUUUUCUAAGUCCCAACAGAGCGGCCUGCCAGUCUGAAGUUGCAAGUGUAAUAUUCUGGCCACAGGGCAGGGGGCAAUAGGGGCUGGGUGGUCUUUCAUUAACCCUGUAAAGGGCCAUUUUAGCCCAGGAAAAUGAUUUUAGCUCAGGAAAAUGAUUUAAAAAUAUGAAGAUUUUGAAAUAUGUCCUUUUGACACGACAAACGCCACCACACUGUCUACUAGAACGGUCUUGAGCUGUCACUUUGACUGCUGCAUUUAAAAGUCAAUUAAUUCACAUUGAUUAACUAAAUAAUGCCUUUUCAACCAAAAAUAGCACCCAACUAGACUGUUUUUGACAGGUUUUUGGUCUUCUAUAGUCAUAUUUCUUUUAUGUGACUGUGCCAUUUUCUCUCUUCCUUUGUGUUUUUGUUAUAAAAGACAAAAACACAAUUAUGAGGAAGAGAAAGACCGAUCAAAUGCUGGAGAUGCUCUUUGACUGUAAAAAUGUCCACUCCACUGUUAUCUUGACCAGGGAAACCAGUGAGAAAAUCACUGGCAGCCAAAAUGACUGAAAUAGGUAGAAAUGAUCAUAUUUACAAUUAACAUGAAAUCCAUUACAAUGAAAUUUUUGUUUUAUAAAGUCAGGAACUAGCAAGGCUGUACAUUUUCAUUUGACCAAGUAAUUAAACAUGCCAAUUGCAAAACAUUUCCAGUAAUUAGCAGAUGCUGAAUUAUUUUUUUGAGUCCAUGUUAGUCACCCAGUGGUUGGAAUCCCAUCUCCUGGUGUUGGAUGUGAAUCCCGUGAAACUCUGACUGAUUGUGUUGUGAAGCGCCUUGGGGGGCUGUAGAACCCUAAGAAGGUGCUGUAUAAAUACAGGCCAAUUACCAAACCCGCUCCCUGUGCUGCAGCCCAGCUGCUCUCACAGGCUGACUGACAUCUGUACAGCCAUGCCUCCUGCAGUAUCGCACAUCCGUCUUAUGCAUUUUUCCUGUGGGAUGUAAGGCUUUUUGUUUGGGUGUUUCAUAACUUUCUUUUAGAAACACUCGAAUAAAUAAAAUAUAUAAAGUGUAGCUGAUUCUGCAGCAAUGAUUAUCUUUGAAUCCUGGAAGAAAAAGUCCCAGAAAGCACCCUCAGUGUUCUCAGUAGACCACACUUACAGAGUUAACUUCAGGUUUGUGUGCUAAUAACAUCAUUAAGAAUAGGCACUUACUAAUUUCCCAGCAAUAAUUAAACGAUAAACC